UAACCUUCCGACUCCCCCGAUUUCUGACCCAAUACCGGUCAAACAAUAAAAAAAUAAAUUAGACACCCUUCCCCUUCAAUUGCACAAUUACCUUCAAUAAUUCGGGCAUAAGUGAGUUGCCACGUGUGCAAUAAUUUCCGGUUCUCCGUGCUUUUGAUUUUCCAUCGUCAAAAUUAUUUUUGAAAUUUGCCCCCGCUGCCUAGAGUCCUCAUCUAAUGAGGAAUUUCUAUUAAGCUCAGGUUCCCUUAAUUUGCCUAUUUACCCAUUCUACAUACCUCAUAGUGAGGCAACCGAAACGAAAGACAUUAUGAAGAACCAUUGCCUACGUAUUUUAUCAUUAAAUCAAAAAGUAGACGUAUUUGAAACACAUUGUCUUUAUUAUGACGUCACAAAACGGCAUAACUAAUGUUAAGCUCUCCAUUGGUCGAGCCGGCGAAAAGAGGGGAGCUACCAUAAUCUACUGGUCAAGCUGUAUGUGAUGUUUAGGGUAGGUUGUCUCUAGGUUUGCUGUGAUUGGCCCAACGGUCGAUCCCACUUAUGACGUUCUUAUUGUUUUUUAAGUAUUUGAAAUCCCCACUUUCCAAGUCAAUUGUUAAUUGAUGUUAUAAGUAACAAAUUAACUAUUAAAAUCUGAAACGUGAUACUAGUUUUUUUUUAUUCCUGCAACUACUCUAUUUGUUGCAAGGGAACUCUGUACGACCACAUGACACGAAGAAAACAACUUUAUCAUUGACAUAAAACGUUCAUUACUCCUUAGACUACAGUCGGUAGAGUAGUUUCUUUGGUAUCUCAUUCCGUCUAUUGCGUUUUCGAAUGAUUCUGAUGAAAUUAUGUUGGGGAAUUGCAUGAUAUUAUUUCCACUUUAGCCUACACCAAUUAUCCUUUCUAAAAAACAAUCACAGGUUUAUAUGAAAAUUGAAUAACUGUUUCUCCGGAUGAACGAGGGUAUUCAGGGCCAAGUGAUGCCGAGGAAUGUUUUCAAGUGUUGCAUAAAUGAAGCCAAAGUACAACCACAAAGUAUUUGACGACAGAAAAUUUAAUUGGCCGAAUUUUGGAAGGUUUCAGAGUGAUGAAUUAAAAAUAUUACUGUACCCCAAAUCAACUACUUCAUUUGCAAUUUUUUAAUACGUUUUUAUUUUAAGCAAAAGUGUUUCUCACGUCUCUACCAUUGAAAAUACCUAGAAAUUCCACAUUAACUAUUUUUUCAUCCAACGAAACAUUCACUGAGGCUCAUUAACAUCGAUAAGAAAAAAAAGUAAUUAACAAUCCAUCAUACAUGGUGUUAUCAGGAAUUACAAUAAUUGAUCCGCGAUAUGCAAACGACAAUCGAUGGAGAAUGUAAAUAUAUAUAUCCUUGGAUAUACUUUAUUGGCCAUGAAAAGGUCCCCCAGUUCUACAAUUGUUUAUUAAAAGAAGUUGUGUGAGUCUUUCUGUGGACGUUGAUAGAUCGUUUUCCGGUUUAGCUGCGCUGACAAAGCCCUGACGAUGAAAAUUUAUGGAACUCAUAUUGUAACGUGUGAACGAUUACACUGACGUUUAUCUAUUUACACAAAAUGGGAGAAAAAAAAAAUUGAGCUAUUAUGAUCACAGACGUGCAAUAUUGUCAUCUAAGGUAGUAAAUAGAGCACGGAAUCGUUGGUAAUGAAGUGGCAUCCCGGCUGCCUACGGAACAACUGUAAUGUUUGUAUGAUGGUGACAAUGUGUCAUGUAUCAAAUGUGAUUUGAAGAUGCGUAACACCGGCGGGUGUCGUCUAUUUGCCAUGAUGAUUAUUCCUCCCUAUGAUUGCGACCUAUUUCCGGCUAAAAAUAGCAAAUGGAAUGAUUGGCUUUUAAAAUGCUCUUGACAGCGACGCGUCGUAUUAUUUGGACGUUAUCCCUUUUAAACACAUAUAUAAAUAGAUGAUCAUUGUUCGAGAAUGAUACAAGGUAUCACCCUCAUUUCUCUCUGGGGCUGUCAAUCUACAAGAUUUUAUUGCAUUCUUUUGCCAUAGUUUAGUGAUAUGCCGACAGACCGAUCGAAAUAUCAUCGAUGAAUGUUUCCAAGACCGGUUCGACCGGUUGAUUAGCAAUUAUACUCGAAUGUUACACCGGACGAUGCGUAUCACUAGACAAUCAACUGGCCACGCGGCAUAAGAGGGAAAGUUUAUCCUCCAAUGAGAGCUGUCGAAGACGAGGGCUCGCCUCAUUCGAGACUGGCGCUCUAUUCCCACUGAUAAUUUCAAUCUCGUGCCGUUACGCGUUAGGCGUCACGCGAAACUACGUAUACGUUAUCGGGAGAAUGCUUUCGAAUGGCUACGAGAUAAUGAAACAACGGGGCGUCAGCAGGUUUGGUCCUUGGAGGUGUGCAAUGUUCUACAUUUCAACAAUUAUCAGUGACGAAAAGGAGAGAAAAAAGAAAAAAAAAUGAAAAAAAAAAAAGUGUUUCCACCUGAGGGGAGAAUUAAAAAUGAAAAAAAUUCAUUUGCAACAUUGGUCAGACACCUGUUUGCUACAUUGUUCCCCAUGUCUCAUAAUUAUUGCACAUUUUGUUUUAUUGUUUAGCCAAAUGUUCAUUUUUUUUUUCUUCGAAAAAUAGUAUUAGUAGUAUUAGUAUCUUUUAAUGAAUUCUCCCACCAUUUGUUCUGCCCUCCCCUCGUCCCCCAAACUGCUCUCACCGUAUUUUCCUUCCUUCUUCAUUAUCUCGUGCCCCACCCCCUGCCCGCAUUGAAUGUACACACUUGUAACAAGAUACUCUUGUCUUUCUAUCCUGUACCGUGUGGCAUAACCGAUUGCCCCGAGAGCUUGACUACAAUCAUAAACGAUGAUUCCGUCUCACUCGUCGCAAAUAAAAGUUGUGACUUGUCUGCGUCAGUCGCAAGUCAGCGGUGGCCACGAUAAGGAGGUAAACUGAGGUAGUACAUACUGUCUACUUGGCUUACAGCAGUCAAGUCAUUCCUCAUUACUGUUACGGGUACGAUCAUUGCCGGCACGUAUUACACUGAUCUGGGAGAAUGCGGCACUUCUGGAGCUGAGACCAACUCGCAGAGUGCGCAAAUCCACGGGAAUUCGUUACACUCCCAUUACCAAAAAGUAAGGUGCUCGGUUCACCGGUCUUUCAAAAGAAUCAUAAACCCUCAUAAAAUUGUCCAUUUUACCCUCUGCUAUCCUCGGAAUCUUCGGGUAUCAAGUAUCAACAAGUAUUCAGACGCGCACGCAUCCCCAAAAAAACUCACGCUCUCUCUUUCUCUCCAUUUGUCUUUGGAUUGUGUUUUUUAUAAAAACAUUUUGCUCUAUCUACCUCGGGGGAAGUCACACGUUAAGCAUUGACAUUGUUGAAGCGAUAAAAGUAGAAUUUUAACCAAUAAUUUAAAGAGUUGUACUAACGAUAGAACAGAGCCAAGAGAUAAUAUAUAAAGUAUAUAUAUUCAUGUACAAGGAGAGUGUGAGGAUGUAUGGAAACAAUAUGAAGAUGAUUGAGACGCCGAGGAGAACUUGUAGGCGAUAUGAAUUAUUAGUGAGGGGGUUUUGGCUGGCUAUUGUGCUUUUCGAGUUGGUGACUGUAGGACAUUCAACCAAAGUCCAUGAGGAGGACUCAUCAUCGAGGACACACGAACCACAGCCACCCUGUUCUAGUGAGAUUUACUGCCACGGUGAGCUACUGCAUACAGUACAGAUGGCCACACUCUAUCAGGAUUCGAAGACAUUUGUGGACAUGAAAAUGAAAAAACCAGCAGAGGAAACACUGCGUGCAUUUCACAGAAUGAUGAAUCGUACUGAUCAGACACCGACUAAGGAGGAGAUACAGAAUUUUGUUGAUAAUAAUUUUGAUCCACCGGGAUCUGAAUUCGAAACUUGGAUACCGGGCGAUUGGCGAGUUGAUCCAACAUUUUUGACUAGAGUCAAGGACAAGGAGUUGAGAAAAUUUGCAUCAGACUUGAAUGACAUAUGGAAAUUAUUGGGUAGAAAAAUGAAAGAUGAUGUUAGAAUUAAUGAGCAUCUUUAUUCAAUAAUAUAUGUACCAAAUCCGGUAAUAGUACCUGGUGGUAGAUUUCGUGAAUUUUAUUACUGGGAUUCCUACUGGAUUAUGAAGGGACUAUUGCUCUCUGAAAUGUUCACGACGGUCAAGGGUAUGCUGAGUAACUUUGUUACAAUUGUCGACAAAAUUGGCCUCAUACCCAAUGGCGGAAGAAUAUAUUACGAAAUGCGAUCUCAGCCACCGAUGUUGAUACCUAUGGUUAAGGAUUAUCUCGCUGUGACGAAAGACUACGAUUGGCUGAGGGAUAAUCUCUGGUUAUUGGAGAAAGAAUUUGAAUUUUGGAUGACUAAUCGAACUAUUGAAGUGGAAAAAGAUGGUAAAAAUUAUACUCUGGCGAGGUUCUACGAAGAAUCUAAGGGACCAAGACCGGAGUCAUACAGGCAGGAUUACUCGAGUAGCCAACAGUUCCGGACGAAUGAGGAGAAGGAGAAUUAUUACAGGGACCUCAAAACAGCUGCUGAAUCUGGAUGGGAUUUUUCCAGUCGCUGGUUCAUACUCGAUGGAACUAAUAGAGGCAACUUGUCGAAUAUUAAAACACGGUACAUCAUUCCAGUCGAGCUCAAUGCUAUACUGUACUAUAAUGCUGUUCUUCUGGCUGACUUUAAUGAGAAAAUUGGUAACACGAGUAAAGCAAUAAUGUAUAAGCAGAAAGCUGAAGAAUGGAAAACAGCAGUUAACGCUGUCCUGUGGCAUGAAGAAGUUGGUGUGUGGCUUGACUAUGAUCUCCUCAAUGAUAUAAAACGUGAUUAUUUCUAUCCAACGAAUAUUGUUCCCCUAUGGACUGACUGUUACGAUAUUACGAAGAGGGAGGAUUAUGUGGCUAAGACGUUGAAGUAUCUUGAGAAAAAUCAGAUUAUGAUUAAUCUCGGGGGUAUACCAGCUACUCUGGAGCAUUCGGGUGAACAGUGGGACUAUCCGAAUGCCUGGCCACCUUUGCAGUAUUUUGUUAUUGAAUCGUUGGAUAAAACUGGAGAUGCUUGGGCCCAAAGGCUAGCUUAUGAAAUGAGUGAGAGAUGGGUCAGGAGCAAUUUCAAGGCUUUCAAUGCAACCAACACCAUGUAUGAGAAGUACGAUGCCACUGUCUCUGGUGGUGGAGGUGGUGGUGGAGAGUAUGAGGUUCAACUGGGCUUUGGCUGGUCCAACGGUCUGGUAAUGCACUUAAUCGAUAAAUAUGGAGAUCGUCUAGCUGCUGAGGAUCGUUUUCUACCUGUUCAAAUAGUCGAAGAGGCAAUUCGGCAGUCUUCAACGGGUGCUUCUGUCACUGUGUCAACAGCCGGACAAAUGAUGACGGGUCUCAUUGCGCUGAUUAUAUCAGUCGCUGCAGGAUACAUCGGGUGGGUCAUGUAUAAGAGGCGCCACUACUACGUACCAGGUCCGUCCACAAUGCCCAAUCUAAAGCGAAAAACUGGUGGUGAUAACUUCUACCGGAAACACAUUGCCUACACGGAACUCAAGGACAUGAACAACGAUUGAUGAUUGACAUGUGGGUAAUUUAAGGUAGAAGAAUUUCAUAAUGAUAAUUACAGAGGGAGAUUCGAUUGAGUGAUGAUCAUAAAUCAGGGAUAUAUAAUUGUUUUUUUUAUUAUUUUCUACUUAUCCCACUGAAUACCGAGUGUUCGACCAUACUCUCUUCCUUGAAUAAUGAAAAACGACGUUAUAGUUGUAAUUUUUAUUCUUCAUAUUUGGGGAACAAUUUUGAGAAUCGAAGUGAAGAGCCACGCUAAUGUGAAUACUGAUGUGUCGUUGCGAUGUAAAGUUGAUAACAGCAGCGUACAAAUUAUACUUGAUAAGAAGCUGCACGAGUUAUGGAAAUUUUUCCUCUCUGCAAUGGCCAAUUAACUGAGAUUUAACGUAGAGUAAAGCGGAUUUAGUCGUAGUAUGGAGAAAAAAACAGAUGAAAUUUUUCAAAAAACAAUGUAAUGUUGCGCUUGUACAGAGACUAUCUGAAAAUCACGAUAAGAUAUGCGGAGAUUUCCGUCUAUUGUUUUUCGUCUUCUAAUGCGAAGGAAUUUUGUGAUAUUCAGGGAUAAUUAAUUAAUGGUUCUUUCUUCGAGAUGCCUCGAUCCACUGGGUUUCAUGCAUCAACGGCCAUUUAAAUAGUAUAUUUUAUAGUAUGAUUUCAGCUAUUGUAGAGAAAAGCAACGAAGAAUGUUAUGUUUAUUUAGAUGAAUUUUUAAUUGGGCAGAAGAUUAUUUAGUUCGUCUGCCAUUAGCAAAUGUAUAAAAAAAUCUUUUAUGUGUCAUAUUGUAUAAUGUAUAAAUAUUGGAAAGACAAUUAGCUAAUGCCGACGCCGUUAGACCUCUCAGCGAUACUAAGUGAGCAUGUAUGAUAGAUAUAUGUGCCUAGCUUAUUUUAAAUGUUUUUUUUAAAUCUCUUGCAUAUGUUUGUAUUAAAAUUGACGCAGAGAAAAUACAAUGUAAGAUUGACAAUUAUGAUUUGGCGAUCAGGUGCGCUGAAUGAAUUAAAUAAACAUUUUAAUCUUGAAUAA